UUGUGACGUCACAUUAAUUUGUUUUUCUAUAGUUAAUGAAUCACCGUCGCAAAAUUUCUUGUUUUCAUUAGUAAAUCUGCUGCCUAGGGCGAAGUUGAGAGAUGUUUUCCAGCGGCCCCAACUACAACAAACUGAAAACCAAUCUUCGAUUGGCUCUGAAUCGCCUGAAAUUGCUGGAGAAAAAGAAGGCGGAGCUGACUCAAAAGUCAAGGAAGGAGAUAGCCGACUACUUGGCCACGGGAAAAACGGAGAGGGCUCGGAUUCGUGUGGAGCAUAUUAUAAGGGAGGACUACCUGGUGGAGGCCAUGGAAAUGGUGGAGAUGUACUGUGACCUGUUGCUCGCAAGAUUUGGCCUUAUCACCCAGAUGAAGGAACUGGACACCGGGAUCGCCGAGCCUGUAGCCAGUUUAGUGUGGGUGUGUCCACGUCUGCAGAGCGAUAUAGCGGAGCUAAAGAUCAUAUCGGAUAUUUUUGUGACCAAAUACGGUCCGCAAUUCGCCGAGCAAUCGAGAACGGCCACAGGGGAGCAUUAUGUAUCGGAGAAAUUGAUGCACAAGCUCACAUUGCAGGCGCCGCCCAAGCUUCUGGUGGAAAAGUACCUCAUUGCCAUAGCUAAGAACUACAACAUCGAGUACGAACCGGAUCCACAAGUCAUGCAGGAGGAGCAGCCACAGCAGCCGCAUCUUAUUGACCUAUCCGAUCGGAACAACUUGAGUGGAGGCGGUGGUGGUGCUCCUCCUCCGCAAAUGGGCUUCAUUGGUUAUCCGGCUAUGCCACAACUGCCCGAUAUGCCGGUACCGCCAAGCACCAAGCCUUUCAACUACCCACCCUUUGGUGGCGGAGGAGGAGGCGGUGGAGCCGGAGCAUGUGCUGCACCACAGCCGUUUCAGCCACCUCCUCCAUUUGCUUACAACAUACCGCCCAAUCAGCCGGCACCACCUGCGGUCUUACCUGCUAAAUGCGCUGAGGAGAAAGAUCUGAACACCAACUUCAUCAAUAGUGAAUCGAACAAUACGGAUGGCUCGGGCAGCCCGGAUGAGAAUAUUUUGCGCCCCAAACCUGAAAAUGAUCCGCCUCCGCGUUACACCUCUAUUAAUCCUGUAAAUCUCCAGAAUGCCAACAAACCCAAACCUCAACCCCGAUCUAAGCUGCCGCCGGGUAAUCCCACUCUGCCAAGUGCUCCUCCGCCGUUGGAUUUCCCCUCGCUGCCCAACGUGCCCAACGAUCUACCGGAUAUCCCGGGUGCUGAAAAGAAAAACGACGAGGAAGAGAUUGAUUUCGACGAUCUCUCACGCCGCUUUGAAAACCUCAAGAAACGAAAGUAGAGCUGGCCUGCAGACCCAUUCUUAAUUUUACAGUAUAUUUGUUAUAAUCUCUGUCCUUCUUUAUAUACAUAAUCACAAAAAGAACUUCAGAUCCUUUUUAAUUAUUAAUCCUAUUAAAAAGCUUGACAGUUAAACUUGUUGUCCUAUCCUUCAAACGUAUUUUUCCCACAACUUUUCAUUACUAACAAUCACUUGGACCCGUAUAUGUAAAAUAAAUAGCUAGUAUCUGAUUCAAAUUAAAGCCCAUGAAGAUAUUUGUGAGCUUAAUCUGAAAUCCCAAUUCAUCACAUUUUAUGUUAAAAAUUUAUAAAAGCUAUCUAUUGCUUCUUCUGUAAUCUCGAUGAUUCAUUUAUAAACUCGCAAAAAGAAAUACGAUCAACUUAAAGCGGCAAUGACAUCCUACUCCAUUCUCGUAUUAUGCCAGCAUAUAAUUAAAUAAAUGUAAGAUUGUCCCAGA